AUGGACUCCGCAAACUCGCCCGAUAAAGAUAACGUGGGCUCCUCGCAGGGAGGUGCAUCGGACACGUCGGGCAAGGAGCAGAAGGCGGACGCGUCUAAAGGGUCUUCCAACUCGGCCAAGCUCGAACCAGCGGCCGAAUCGGAUAACCCCGCUACAUCAGACGCCUUAUUCAUGGGAAACAUGGAUACUGCUACUAUCGGCACAGACGACGACAAAGCAAACAAGUACAGAAUGUUUAUGCAGAAUUCUAGCGACGAGUACACAAUUCAGCAGAUGGAAAAGUUUCUAAAAUAUGGGAUUUCAGAUAAUGGCAUGAGGAUGCUGACGACGGAUACCUGCACGUGGGUCUACGAUUACUACAAAACGACCAAGACGUCUACUCCAAACUUGAAGGAAUUCACGCCGGGAACGACCGUCGACUAUUACUACUACUCGACUCCCUUUCGCACACAAAUUGGGAACAUAAACCUUGUCAUGAUGCAUAGUCAGGUGAAUUUUGGAGACGGAACUGCCGCUCCCGCAGAUAGGGCUUUCAAGAUGAACGAGAUAACACCCGAAAUGAUGAAGGCGGCAAAGGUGAAGGCUCGCGAGUAUAAGAAUGAGUGCAUCGACUGGAUUUAG